GCGUUAUCCCUGAUAAAUGUUUAGAUUUACAGUUUAAUGAACAGCUUGUAUGCACCUCUUAGUUGCGGGGCAAAGAUUGUUACUUUGGAUUCAUUUGAUCCAGGAAGGGUUUGGUCCCACCUGCUGGGUAUUAACAGCUGUAGACCGGUCAGUUUAUUCCCUGGAACUCCUAGCAUGUACCUGGAAUUAUUGAAGAAAGGAGAUGAAAUAUGGAGAGAUAAAAAAACAAAGGAAUAUGUUAAAACAACUUGUGUAAAGAAAGUCAGGUUGACAGCCUCCAGUUCUUCAUCACUCUCAGAGGAGUUUAAUUCUCAAUGGAAAUCUUUGACAGGGCACAAUAUUCUUCACAACUACAUAUCUCCUGAGGCAGGAACAGUGUUAUCCAAUAGAAUUGGAGGCUCUGUUAACAUACCAGCUUCACAGCUCUAA